CUCAAGGGAGCGCUAUGGCAUUUGAUCCUCGCGCCAUUCCGUAGCUCACUCUACUAAGUGCUGAGUGUUUGCAAUGGCGGACGUGUCAGAGAGAACGCUGCAGGUUUCCGUGCUAGUGGCUUUCGCCUCUGGAGUGGUCCUGGGCUGGCAAGCGAAUCGGCUGCGGAGGCGUUACCUGGACUGGAGGAAGCGGAGACUGCAGGACAAGCUGGCGACGACUCAGAAAAAGCUGGACCUAGCCUGAGCACGCGCUGCGGCCCGAGCCCGCCGGGUUCUCACUCCCCAAACCCAACGCAGCCCGGUCGCGGGAGCAGCGCGACCACUACCCAACCCAUGAGUCCUGGGUCUUUCUUGCACGGCUUGCAAGAACGUGGCUUGCUUCCAAACCUCAGAAAGAGAAUAGUUUUGUGUUCUCUGACAACUUACUCUCAGCUUGUUGAAGAUGGAUAUAAAGUACUGGAAAGAAAUCAUUUCUUGCACCUUAUGAAUCUAUUUUUAAAAUAAAAAAAAAUUUAAACAUC